AUGAUGUUGGGGUCAAAUCUAAAGCCAUUAAUUUCACGUUGGGCAUCAAUUCGGUGUAGUUCCUCGAGCACUUCCGCAUUAGUCUACAAACAACUUCACAGGAGAAGUAUUAAGAACAGUAUUCCAAUACUUCAGACUCCUGAUUGGUCUGUUAAUACAGCUGUUUCUUCGAUUUUGUAUGAGACUCCGGAACCUCUCAAGCAACCCAAGAAGCAGUGCGUAUUGAACUGUUUAGUUCAGAACGAGCCUGGUGUUCUAUCUAGGAUAUCAGGUACUUUGGCAGCCAAGGGAUUCAAUAUUGAUUCCCUGGUCGUCUCUAAUACCGAUGUGAAGGACCUUAGUAGAAUGACGAUUGUGCUGCAGGGCCAGAACGCUGUCGUUGAGCAGGCCAGAAGACAAAUAGAAGAUAUGGUCCCUGUAUACGCAGUGCUUGACUACACCAACACGGAAAUAAUUAUGCGUGAACUACUGCUGACUAGAGUGUCACUCUUAGGUGCGGAGUAUUUUGAAGAGUUGGUGCACCGUCACAAGAAGCUUACUGAAGAUGUGGAUAACGUAACUAGCGAAGAGCUUCAAGGUAAGGAAUUUCAUCCAUCGAACCUUCCUCUCUCUGAAGUAUUAAGAUUGAAACACCAGCAUUUGGAUGCUAUCACUAGUUUGGCAAACAACUUUGGAGGUAGAGUUGUGGACAUUUCUGAAUUGAGUUGUGUUGUUGAACUCUCAGCCAAGCCAUCUCGUAUAUCAGCCUUCUUGAAACUUAUCAAGCCUUACGGUCUUUUGGAAGUCGCAAGAACAGGUAUGAUGGCUUUGCCAAGGGCUCCUGUUGAUUUGGAUGAUCAGCCAGACACUGUGGAUCACAGCGAUGAAAGCGAUGCUGUUGAUGUAACCCAAUUGCCGCCCGGCUAA